ACAAUCUUGGCCAAAAUAAAGUUACCGACGGUGACUCCAUCGACGAAAUGCAAGCUGAGGCUGCUGAAGAUGGAGCGGAUCAAGGACUACCUGCUGAUGGAGGAGGAGUUCGUGGCGAACCAGGAGAGGCUGAAGCCUCAGGAGGAGAAGGCGGAGGAGGAUAGAUCCAAGGUGGAUGACCUGAGAGGGACGCCGAUGAGCGUUGGGAACUUGGAGGAGCUGAUCGAUGAGAAUCACGCGAUCGUUUCGUCUUCUGUUGGGCCUGAGUAUUACGUUGGGAUCAUGUCGUUUGUUGAUAAGGAUCAGCUCGAGCCUGGGUGCUCGAUCUUGAUGCAUAAUAAGGUUCUCUCUGUUGUUGGGAUUUUGCAAGACGAAGUGGAUCCGAUGGUGUCUGUGAUGAAAGUUGAGAAGGCUCCUUUGGAGUCGUAUGCUGAUAUUGGUGGUUUAGAGGCUCAGAUUCAGGAGAUUAAGGAAGCUGUUGAGUUGCCUUUAACUCAUCCUGAGCUGUAUGAGGACAUUGGUAUUAAGCCGCCCAAGGGUGUGAUUUUGUAUGGUGAGCCUGGAACUGGGAAGACACUCCUUGCUAAGGCGGUGGCUAACUCUACAUCAGCUACUUUCUUGAGAGUUGUUGGUAGCGAACUGAUUCAGAAGUAUUUGGGAGAUGGUCCCAAGCUUGUGAGGGAGCUUUUCAGAGUUGCUGAUGACCUUUCACCGUCAAUCGUCUUCAUAGACGAGAUCGAUGCGGUUGGUACCAAACGGUAUGAUGCUAACUCAGGAGGUGAGCGUGAGAUCCAAAGAACUAUGUUGGAACUUCUGAACCAGCUUGAUGGAUUUGAUUCAAGAGGAGACGUUAAGGUCAUCCUUGCAACAAACAGAAUCGAGAGUCUUGACCCGGCACUUCUUAGACCUGGACGUAUUGAUAGAAAGAUCGAGUUCCCACUUCCAGAUAUCAAAACCAGAAGACGCAUCUUCCAGAUACACACAUCAAAGAUGACACUAUCGGAAGAUGUAAACUUGGAAGAGUUUGUGAUGACGAAAGACGAGUUCUCAGGAGCUGAUAUAAAGGCUAUUUGCACUGAGGCUGGUCUACUUGCUCUCAGGGAGCGCCGUAUGAAGGUGACGCAUCCGGAUUUCAAGAAAGCAAAGGAAAAGGUUAUGUUCAAGAAGAAAGAAGGCGUCCCUGAAGGCCUUUACAUGUAAAACCAUCAUCACAUACAUUUGCUUCUGCGUCUGGUCGUAUAAACUGUUGCCAUCUGAUAUUCUUCGAAAUAACAAUUCCUCAUUUUGCAUUUA